GUACCGUGCGCCACCUGACAGCUCAUUUCAGUACUAAAAUUUUGUAUUCGUAGUGCUGAAUGGAGAAUCACAUUUUUACGUGUUUUCCAUGAACAUAUUCUUCUGAAUUAGCGAAUAUUUUCUUUUAGUGCUGCUGGCGAGUUGGCGAGAUGCACACAGCCACGGCAGAUGGGCAGUUCCGGAGUACCAACGGUGCCACACACGGACGUGACAAGGUCGCCAUAUUGGAUGCCGGCUCGCAAUAUGGAAAGGUAAUAGACCGUCGCAUCCGCGAGCUAUGCGUGGAGUCGGACAUCCUGCCGCUGGACACGCCAGCCUACCACCUGAAGGAGGCCGGGUACCGCGCCAUCGUCAUCUCCGGCGGACCCAACUCGGUGUACGCCGAGGACGCGCCGAGAUACGACUCUGAUAUAUUCAAGAUCGGCCUGCCUGUACUAGGAAUAUGCUACGGCAUGCAGAUGUUGAACAAGGAGUUCGGCGGGUCGGUGCUGCGCAAGGAGGCGCGCGAGGACGGACAGUACGAAGUCGAGGUCGAGACCACAUGCCCUCUGUUCAACCGCCUAGAGAAGCUGCAGCCGGUGCUGCUGACGCACGGCGACAGCGUGCAGAAGGUGGGCGAGCGCUUCCGAGUCGGCGCCCAGUCCUCCAACCACCUCAUCGCCGCCAUCUACAACGAGCAGAUGCGCCUCUACGGCGUGCAGUUCCAUCCCGAGGUGGACCUAACCCCCAAAGGCAAGCAGAUGUUGUCGAAUUUCCUGUUCGACAUCGCCGGCCUGUCGCGCUCCUUCACGCUGCGCUCGCGUCGCGAGGCCUGCAUACACUACAUACGAGAAACUGUCGGAGAUAAUAAAGUUCUCGUGUUAGUAAGCGGCGGCGUAGACUCCACGGUAUGCGCGGCGUUACUCAGACACGCUCUCCGCGAAGAUCAAGUCAUCGCCUUACACAUUGACAAUGGAUUCAUGCGUAAAAACGAGAGUGCUAAAGUGGAGCGAUGUCUCAGAGAGCUCGGCGUUCGUCUACACGUUGUCAAUGCCGCUCACCAGUUCCGACAAGGCAGCACCGUGGUCCGCGAGGCGGGCGGGCGGUCCCGCCACACGCCGCUGCUGUGCCACGCGGCGGCGCCCGAGGACAAGCGCAAGAUCAUCGGCGACGUCUUCAUCCGCGUCGCCGAGCAGGCCGUGCAUGACCUUAACCUGCAGGAAGACCAAGUCCUCCUAGGCCAGGGCACCCUCCGGCCGGACCUCAUCGAGUCGGCGUCGUCUCUGUGCAGCAACAACGCGGCGACUAUCAAGACGCAUCACAAUGACACCGAGCUGGUGCGAGCGUUGCGUCAGAGGGGACGCGUUGUUGAACCGCUUAGGGACUUUCAUAAGGAUGAGGUCCGUGCCCUGGGCAUGGAGCUGGGGCUGCCGGCGGCGCUGGUGGAGCGGCAGCCGUUCCCGGGGCCCGGCCUCGCCGUGCGCGUGCUGUGCCAGGACGAGCCCUACGCCGAGCGGGACUUCGCCGAGACACAGGUCAUAGUAAAGAUAAUGGUAGAGUACGCGUCCAUGUGCGUGAAGUCCCACGCGCUGCUGGGCCGCGUGGCCAACGCCAGCACUCCGGCCGAGCAGGCUGAACUCAAGCGCAUCUCCUCCAAGUCGCCUGUGGCUGCCACGCUGCUGCCGCUCAGAUCUGUUGGGGUGCAAGGUGACGGCCGAACGUAUAGUUACGCGGUGGCGCUGUCGACGGAGCGCUACCCGCCGGACUGGAAGGACAUGCACUACCUCGCCAAGCUCAUACCGCGCGUCUGCCACAAUGUUAACAGGGUUUGCUACGCUUUCGGAGGUAUAAUCAAGGAGCAAGUGACAGACAUCACGCCGACGUUCCUCACACAACAAGUCAUCUCAACUCUACGCCAGGCAGACGACCUUGCCACACAGAUUCUAGUAUCAAGCGGCUGCGCGUCCCGCAUAGCUCAGAUGCCGGUGGUGAUGAUCCCCAUCCACUUCGACCGCGACGCGGCCGUGCGGGCGGCGUCGUGCCAGCGCUCGCUGGUGCUGCGCCCCUUCCUCACGCAGGACUUCAUGACCGGCAUCGCCGCGCUGCCCGGCUCUGAUGCUAUGCCGCAGGAUGUGGUAGACAGGAUGCGCAAGGAGCUGCUGGGGGUGCCGGGCAUCUCGCGCGUGCUGUACGACCUGACGCCGAAGCCGCCCGCCACCACCGAGUGGGAAUGAUGCCCCACACACACACACUUUUAUAUAUUUUUUUACUGAACGAACGCACCCACGGGCAGUGGACGCGCCCUUUUGUUUUAUUUGAUGGAAGGCAUCGGCAACACUGCAAGCAACUACCAACUCGACAUACAGAAACACUAUCGCUGUACACGGGAAGACUCUUCAAAGCUAUCGUUAUUCAAGUGCCUAAUUAGUGCGGUAUCGAUCUCGCUAAUCGCCAUUUCUGUUACUCAAUCCUCCCCGCUAAAAAUUCCCCCGUUACGAAAUGCUCAUUCGCGAGAUCGAAUUAUCACACAGCUGUUGUUAAUUUUUGACUUUUGAAACCGUCGUUACUAUAAGGCAUUUGCCAUAUAAAUGACUCACGUUUUUAUAUAAGAAUUUUCGGUUGAACCUAACGUUGAUUUUAUUUUGUUAUUAGUGUUUUAGCUGUAUCGAGUUUUAAUUUAACAUUUGUAAGUUUCAACGGUCGCACCACUGCCCGAUAUAAAGAAGUUUUUGUAAAUACAUUGGUGUCACGUGUUAUAAUAUUAGCUCCACUGAUCAGUUUUGUAACAUGUAGUAAUUUAUUGUCAAAGGCUGUGUAAAAAUUUAUAAAAAAGCCCACAAUUAUUCCGCGCGACAAGAUUGUUAUAAAUGGAUCUUGUAUGAAAUCGAAGACACAUUGUGUUUUAUGGAAUGGUUCAGUGUUAUUGACUGGAAGUUUCAUAAUAAAAAUUAUAUUAUGCUUUAUUUUCA